CAGGGAACGGCUCCUUGACGCCCACGGGGAAGGGAGAUGGACAACCUGUGGUGGUCGUCCACCAGCCCUCGCUGCCUCCACAGUGCGGGAUUACAGGCAGCCACCAUCACCACGACCACCACCACCCGUCUGGUCGCGCUGUCAUUGCCCCCUAGACGGUGCGAUGCUGCGAUGACGCUUCGUGGUGUAAUCGAGCACCCCUCCUCCACACCCCGCAUCCACCUCGCCUCCACCCACCCACUCGUCCUGCCUCGCUGCAAACCUCCACCGCGUGUCUCUCGCCCACGACUCGUGACCACCUCCUCCCACGCACACACAGCCGGGAGAGCGAAGCUGAGGCUAGGACUGGGGGUGGAACUGCGUAGACGGGGUGGGUGUGGAGCUACCCCCCCCCCUCCCCCGUAUAAAACGUGGAGGGAUUCCACUUCAUUGUCAAAUCCUCUUCCUCUCGGACGUCCAAGCCCACCGGGAGCUCGCAGUGUCACUCCUGGGCCACCUCCAGCCUCGCCCGCUCCCGCCGCCAUGGGCCAGUGGACCUUCGAGCUGUGCGGCUGCUUCGAGAACUGCAGCCUGUGCCUGCUCACGUGGCUGGCCCCGUGCGUGACGGCCGGACACAACGCCGAGGACACGGGCCAGGGCAGCUUCAUCGCCUGCUGCGUUGUCUAUCCCUUUGCUGGGUGGUGGUUCACCGCUCAGAGCCGCAAGAAGACGCGGGAGAUGCGCGGGAUCGAUGGCUCGUUCGGCGAGGACCUGCUGCUCGCCUGCUUCCUGCCGUGGUGCACGAUGGUCCAGAUCGCGCGGGAGCUCAGAGACGCCCCGGCUCCACAAACCAUGCAGAGGUCGUAGACACCCAGCAGCACCGGCGCCCUGCAUCAACACCCUGGAGCCAGCCGAGAGCACCCAGCAUCAUCUCACUCCCAACAUCAUCUCACUCCCAACAUAAUCUCUAUCCCAGCAUCAUCUCACUCCCAACAUCAUCUCACUCCCAGCAUCAUCUCACUCCCAACAUCAUCUCACUCCCAACAUCAUCUCACUCCCAGCAUCAUCUCACUCCCAACAUCAUCUCACUCCCAACAUCAUCUCACUCCCAACAUCAUCUCACUCCCAGCAUCAUCUCACUCCCAACAUCAUCUCACUCCCAACAUCAUCUCACUCCCAACAUCAUCUCUAUCCCAACAUCAUCUCACUCCCAACAUCAUCUCACUCCCAACAUCUCACUCCCAACAUCAUCUCACUCCCAGUAUCAUCUCACUCCCAACAUCAUCUCUAUCCCAGCACCCGCCAGCACUUAACAGCCUGGAUCAUCUCACCCCCUACAUCUCACUCCCAGCAUUACCUUACCCGCCGAGAUCCUGGGUUCAAUCCGGGAUGUCAGCGCCCCUCCCAAGUGCACUCACUGCGUUGAACUUCUCUCGCACCGCACGCAGCCACCCGUGCGGGGGAAGGACAGCAAAAUUAGCAAACUAAACAGAUUUAAUGGGGUUCUCAAUUAAAGUAAGAUGAUGGUGUAUAUAUAUAAUUAUACCUCAAUUACAGUACAUAUAUAUGAUAAUUGCAGUCUAUAUAACGUAUGUCAUCUUGAUUGACGUGUGGCGAGCGAUCUCAUCGUAGAGUGUGGCGAAUUCUGCCUCUGGUCGUGUCAAGAGUAAAAUGCUACUUGCAGAUUGUUUUUCGUGGGGAGGGGGGGCGUUGCUCUGUGAGAUUUCCAGAUGGAGUCCUCAUCACAUCUGGGUGCCGAUCACGCGGUGCUCACGAACUGUGCCAAUAAAACACUGCCUGUGGCUCAUGGUUGCCUCAUGUUCGUUAUUUGUGCACGCCUUGAGAUGGUCGCGGAAUGUGCUGUUAGCGAGGAGCACCUUUGAAUGCCGACACGGA